CUGGUCUCAGUUCCAGUCUAGAAGUUAAGUCAGUUAGACACCCAAUCUACGCAUGCUGUUUGCAAAAAUGGUUUUGAUUGACAAAAAUAAGAAGAUGGAAUCUUUCCAACAAAAAAAAAAUCAAACUUGUUCCACAAUUGACUAUCUUGCGAGAAUAUACGAUAAAUGAGAAUAAAACUAUUUAUAAAUUUUAAGAAAUUGAAUAUUUUUCUACUCGUUUCGAUACAUUUGUGGCCAUGCAGCGUUACAAUAAUUUAAGUGAGUGCAUUAAAAUGUGCGAUAGAAUAUUAAGAACCAAUCCGUAUCCAAGAAGUGACUUGAUGAAACCAGAAGUUAGUCAAGUACAAAAUAUACAAAUAUUGGAAAAUUCAAGUACAAAUUUGCUAUUUCUCAAAACAGUGAACGCAUUCCACCCCUCCAGGACAAUAAUAGUGCAGAAUUUUCUACCAGAAGCUGAAGUGCACGUCCGAAGUUUCAUUGCCAUGUUUGGAAUCGUCGAGAUUUGUGAAGUUAUCGGAGAUGAUGCAUUAUCAGCUUUGGCAGUGGUGCAAUAUAAAUCAAAAACCUCAGCAGCUGAUUCUUUACUUGCGAUGCCGAAUUGUCAGAUUCGUGGCAACAACUUGGUUGUAAACUUAUUGUGGAAUGGCCCAUAUGAACAUAUUAGUUCCAUAACCUCCAGUGUUAUUCAUUCACCUCCUGAAUGCGCAGAAAAACGAGUUGUCUGUGUUGGACAUUUACCUAGAUCCAUCACAAAAGAGGCCAUCCUCAGGAAAUGCGAAAACUACGGUGUUGUAGAAAAUGUCAGGGUUCAACCUCAAGAACAAGGAGCAUUUGUAUUCGUUGUAUUUCAGUCUGCACUGUCUGCAGCUGUGGCUACUUACUGUUUACGCAAUAGUUCGCUGACCAGUGCAGCCUUGAUGCUUGGCUACGGAGAAAAUGGUAGUCCAGUUCUCCUAGGUCCGGCAAAAGUGAAGCCUUUAGAUCAGUAUCCUGUACCACUCUCAGCAUUUGAUGUGAGGUGUGUAUGCACAAGGUUUUUAGAUUAUUCUCGAAUGAAAGGAUUGCUUAUAAAUUUGCAGAGAAAACUUCCUGUACACCAUUUCUACCGACCUGGUUCACCUGAUUAUUGUUUAAGAAUACCAACAACUCAGAUAAAAGGAGUUUCCUUGUUUCUUGAGAUUCUUCUGUUUGAUGGCAACUUUGUGAGGAAUGGCGAAGAUAUUACUGAAAUGGCCUACCAGCUUUGUACUCAUAAGUACUUAUUUAGAUUUUCAGUAGACUUUGGACUUCAUAAGCCAGUAAUGAGUCACGAUGACAGAAACUUCCGUGCGACAACACAAUAUGUCAAAUGGAACUCUCUAUUUGUUCUAGAUCUUCAAAUCUGCUACCCUUGGGGCCACUCAGACCCCAUGAUAGAACCUAGAAUACAAGGAAUGAACCACAUAUACAGUGACAUUGAUUCUAAAGCAUUUGAAGAGGGAAGAUCUUCAUGGUUUGGGACCGUACUUCGGCAUUCUGUUGGGAGUUUAACAACUGGUGAUGCUUACCCGCUAUUACAUAGGAAUAAGGUAAAUUACCUUAUUAAUAGUGAUCUGCCUUUCAUAAGAAUAGUUGGUUCUUACGAAGAUAUCAAUAACUACCAGAUUCCCAUUCAUGCUUAUUCUGAUUUACAACCGAGCUUUAAAACCAAUCAACAGAAUAGCUGAACAAUAAGUUGUUAUAGAUGAAAGUGAAAUGUUUUCGCUGCUAAGAAUAGUUUGUUGUUUUUUUUAAGUUUUUUUGCAAAGUUUAAAAUUGUAUUUUUAUAAAAUGAAUUAUUUUUGAAUUGAA